AUGCGCACUGCCACUCUACUCGCAUGCGUUGGCACCUGGCUCGUCUCUCUCGUAUCUACAGUACAAGCCGGUGAUUAUCAAUGUGGUAAUGGCGCUGUAAUUCCGAAGUCAUACGUCCAAAGUACCAUGAACCACGCCAAGGCGCAGGCAAAAAAUAGACAAUCUGGUCAUAGCCUGCAAAGUCCGGGUAAUGAGAUGAAUGUUACACCCGGAGUUGGUCCAACCGUUCAACUGUAUUGGCGCGAAAUAUUGCACAUGGAUUAUUAUCACAAAAUCGACAAUGUACAAUACAACUACAGAGUAGUUUUUGAUAGCAAUUUUAACCUGAUGUCUGUCGAAGCAGUCACACAGUCAGGAUCACAGAUGGGAAGAGUUCUCAACUGCCAGUAA